AUGCUGAUCCUGAGGUGCCCAGCCCAGCUGCAGCUCCUGGAGGAGACCCUGAGGAAAAGCCUGCCCACCACCUUGCCGGUCUUGGGGACCGUGAUGACAGUGGCCAGGGGGAACCCGGCCUCCCACGAGGUGCUGGUGGACUCCUGGCCCAAUUUCAGCAUUGUCCUGACCCGCCUGCGCCCAGAGGACCACAGGGACCCCAGGGACUACUACACCAACCAGCUGUCUGUGUUCUACCGGGACAAGGGAGCCCUGCAAGCACUGCUGGAGAGCACUGAGGCGGUGACCCGGGGAAGAGCCUUCCAGAUUCUGGGGAUGCAGGAUGGGCUGGACGAGGCCGUGCAGGACGUGGCCAGUGCCAGGGGGCUGAAGGUGGAGACAAUCCGGUACCAGGCACUGAUGAGCCCCGAGCCCCCCCAGCCCCGCAGGCAGAUGCCCCCGGGCCUGCACCUGGUACCUGUGUCCCCAUCCCAUGUCCCGCUGCUCAACGCCACCUGGGCACUGGGGGGCAAUGCCCGCAGCCGGGCGUUCCUGCUGGGGCUGGUGCGGACCCUGCCCUCCGCCUGCGUGCUGGGCCCGCGCGGCCGCCCACUGUCCUGGAGCCUGCUAGACGGGCAGGGCUGCCUGCGCCACGGCUACACAGUGCCCGCCUGGCGCGGGCGCGGCCUCACCGGGCUCCCGCUGGCCGCGCUGGGCCGGGAGCUGCACGCCCGCGGCUUCCCCAUCUACGGCGCCGUGCUGCCCCAAAACACAGCCUCGCUGCACGCCCUGCAAGCCGUCGGCUUCGUGCCCCAGCCUGGAACCUUUCACAUGAUCCUGGGCACCCCGAAGUAG